CAAGGCAGGCAUGCCGUGGUGAUGCCAGAGCCAGAGCGUGGGGAGUCCCACUGUCAGCGCGAAUCCAGGCAAUCAACUAUUUUUGUAGUAGGUAUUGGCGACCGGGGCGUCAACGCCGAGAGAGAGAGAGAGAACACUGGCACAUACACCAUAUAUACGAGCUAGCUAGCUAGCUAGUAGCUACUGGCCAUAGUCUCUCCUGUCCUAGCUACCAAACCUCACGAGCGUCAUGGCUGGCGGGGACGAGCAUGAGCAUGAGCAUGACGCGCCGGGUCGGCUGGAGAGCAUCCUGACGGACACGUCGGCGCCGCUGGCGGAGCGCGUGUGGGCGGCGGGGGCGGUCGAGCUGCGGCUGCUGUCGCGGCUGGCGGCGCCGGCGGUGGUGGUGUACAUGAUCAACUACGUCAUGUCCAUGUCCACGCAGAUCUUCUCGGGCCACCUGGGCAACCUGGAGCUCGCCGCCGCCUCGCUCGGCAACACCGGCGUCCAGACCUUCGCCUACGGCCUCAUGCUGGGCAUGGGCAGUGCAGUGGAGACCCUCUGCGGGCAGGCCUACGGUGCACACAAGUACGACAUGCUUGGUAUCUACCUACAGCGCUCCGUCAUACUGUUGGGCUUAACCAGCAUACCACUUGCUCUGAUGUACGCUUUCUCGGAGCCACUCCUCUUGUUGAUGGGACAGUCACCGGAGAUAGCCCGUGCCGCUUCGAUCUUCGUGUACGGCCUGAUUCCUCAAAUCUUCGCGUACGCCGUCAACUUCCCGAUUCAGAAGUUCCUGCAGGCACAGAGUAUCGUUCUGCCGAGUGCUUACAUCUCGACGGCAACGCUCAUUCUACAUGUGUUGAUGAGUUGGGUGCUCAUGUACAAGGUUGGCCUUGGGCUGCUCGGUGCCUCGUUGGUGCUGAGUGUGAGCUGGUGGAUCAUGGUCGCCGCGCAAUUUGUGUACAUCGUCGUCAGCCCGACAUGCCAGCACACGUGGACGGGGUUCAGUUGGCAGGCCUUCUCCGGUUUGCCGAGUUUCUUCAAGCUCUCCGCCGCGUCUGCGGUGAUGUUGUGCCUUGAGACAUGGUACUUUCAGGUGCUGGUGAUCAUUGCUGGAUUGCUCCCCAACCCUGAGAUUGCCCUGGAUUCCCUCUCUAUAUGUAUGACGAUUUAUGGUUGGGUGUUCAUGAUCUCAGUAGGGUUCAACGCCGCUGCAAGUGUAAGAGUGAGCAAUGAGCUUGGCGCCGGCAACCCGAAGUCUGCAUUUUUCUCUGUGUGGGUCGUGACCGGGAUCUCUACAACAAUCUCUACCAUCCUUGCUGUUGUGAUCCUUUGCCUUCGCAACCACAUUAGCUACUUAUUCACAGAUGGUGAAGCAGUUUCGGAUGCGGUGGCGGAUCUUUGCCCAUUUCUCGCCGUCACACUCGUUCUCGGUGGCAUCCAACCUGUACUGACAGGUGUUGCUGUUGGAUGUGGAUGGCAACAAUUUGUUGCUUACGUGAACGUCGGCUCUUACUACAUCGUAGGCGUUCCACUUGGUGUUGUUCUUGGUUUUUUCUUCAAUCUUGGCGCAAAGGGUAUUUGGGGUGGUUUGAUUGGGGGAACAGCAUUGCAGACAGCCAUUCUGUUGUGGGUCACCAUAAGAACUGACUGGACGAAAGAGGUAGAGGAGGCACAAAAAAGGUUGAACAAGUGGAGUGAGAAGAAAGAGCCCCUCCUUACAGGCUUCAAGGACAAUAACUAAUAAGUGAAUCAGUCUAGAUGUGUGCAUCUCAACAGCACAGAAGCAUGCUGGCUUCGAUACUUUGAGACUCGCCGUCAGCGUGCGGGUGGGAGGGACUGAAUUCAGGUGUUUUAAAUCUCACAUAGAUUUAUGUCCCGAUUUGGAUGACAUGCCAAUGAUAGGCUUGUUAAUAUAUAUUGUAGUCUUUGUUGGCAUGUCACAUUUUUAUUUCCUUGGGGUGUCUAUGUUCUUGGCCUUUCCCUCUUUCUUUUGUAAGGCAAUUAUUUGGCGACUUUGUAAUACAUUUUGUAAUUAGUUGGACUAUAUGCAUCCAUGACGAUGUACAAACGGGUAAUGAAAAGAGUGAAGUUUUGGAAACUGUGCUCCG